GUUUAUUUAGUUUAUAUUCUAUAUCGGUGCAUAACGCAUGACAUUUUAUAUUUAUCAAUAAAGCUAGUACAUCUUCUUCAACUAACUAGUCACACAAAAAGAAAGUUAGGCUUAUAGGUUCUAUCAUACCAACGAAGACUUUAGAAGGCAAAAGAACGAAAUGACUCUUCAAAGGACAUCCAGAUCGAUGCCAAAACACAUACAUGACAUCUAAAAGCUUUUUUUAGGGAUUAAAAAUUGGCGCUAUUCUAUUUAGCAAAUUUCAGUUGGUUGCUGCAGAAACUUUAAGGACAGUCCGAUAUGUCAGAAUACUCAAAUAUAAAAGCAAAUGUACCAACAGAAAUACCAAGUAAAAAUGGAAAGGAAGUAGAAUCAAAAGAUAACACAAAUCAAAUUAAUCUGGAGAAUAUGCAAGUAAUAACUGGACCAACACCACCAUCACCACCAUUUGACCCCAUAAAAAGAAUCAACGAUGGGUUUGCAUACUUCAAGCUCAAUGAGUUCAACAAAAAUAUGCCUGCCUAUCGUAAAUUGGCCGACAAAGCGGAACCCAAGUUUCUAAUAUUUGCUUGUUCGGACUCCCGAGUUUGCCCAAUAACUAUCCUGAACCUGCGACCCGGGGAAGCUUUCAUAACCCGUAAUAUUGCCAACAUGGUCCCUGCAUUUAAUCAGCAAAGGUACUGCGAAGUUGGUGCUGUUAUUAAAUAUGCAAUCUUAGUUUGCAAGGUUGAGGCCAUUUUAGUCUUUGGCCACUGUCGAUGUGGUGGAAUUGAGAGACUCGUAUGUCUUCCUGAUGGAAAAACUUCAUCACCUGACUCGGUAGAUGAUUGGGUUAGCAUUGGUAAGCCUGCUAAGGCAAAGGUGGUUGGAAAGAAUCCAAAAGCAUCUGGUCUUGAACUUCGAACACUUGUUGAGAAGGAGUCGGUGAUGAAUUCAUUGGCGAAUUUACUAACCUACCCUCAGGUUAAAUCUGGAGUAGCCAGUAAAAAAAUCAAACUAAUUGGUGGACAUUAUGACUUUGUUCGUGGACAUUUUGACAUCCUUGGGACUCGAUCUUAAUCAAUCAACAUAUAAGUCGAACCAAGUUUAAUGGAGUCAUAUUAAUAUCAUCCGAUAUAUUUAUCCUUUUUUUUUUUAAUAUUUUAUGUGGUGGCAAAUAUCAUCCGAUAUAUUUAUCCUUUUUUUUUUAAUAUUUUAUGUGGUGGCAAACUUGUUGGCAUAAAGUCCUUUUUUUUUCUUCCCAAUUAUAUAUCAUGGUUUCUUACUUUCUUAUAUUGAUUUGUGUUGAUUAAAAAUACAUGGGGCUAAGGAAAAGAACAUAUAUAUAACUGCAUUCGAUCUUCAUGUUAAUUAAUUGUUGACAACAGGAGAAAAUAGUUUCAGCUUUUACUAAAAAUCACUGAAUGUUCUUGAGCAAUUUUUCUAAAUAAAUCUUCUGUUGCACCAAGCUGAGAGAUUCUGAUUUUAGUAUUGCAUUUCCAACCAGAAUUACUGUAGAUGAUUGUGACGCAUUCACCCAGAAACGGCCAUUUAUGCCAACAGCUAUCUCAAAUGAGAGCUUCUUCCCAAGAGCUUCAAGAACUGGAUAAGGUGGAGAACUCAGCAGCCUACAGAGACCAAAAUUGUAAAAACCAGCUAUUCUCGAGGACCAAAAAUGUAAUUUACUC